UUGCCACCACCAGUAUUGGGGAUGCUGAGCUGUGGGGUACAGGCCUGAGGAGGGGUGGGAGUAAGAAGGGCUGUGGAAACUGGCAGGCCAUGAACCAAGCUGACCCUCGGCUCAGAGCAGUGUGCUUGUGGGCGCUCACAUCAGCAGCCAUGAGCAGAGGCGACAACUGCACGGAUCUAAUCGCACUGGGAAUCCCCUCCAUAACCCAGGCCUGGGGACUAUGGGUCCUCUUAGGGGCUGUGACGCUGCUAUUUCUCAUCUCACUGGCUGCACACUUGUCCCAGUGGACCAGGGGCCGGAACAGGAGCCAUCUGGGGCAGGGACGCUCUGGAGAGUCUGUGGAAGAGGUCCCGCUGUAUGGGAACCUGCAUUAUCUACAGACAGGACGUCUGUCUCAAGACCCAGAGCCAGACCAGCAGGAUCCAACUCCUGGAGGCCCUGCCAGGGCUGCAGAGGAGGUGAUGUGCUAUACCAGCCUGCAGCUGCGGCCUCCUCAGGGUCGGAUCCCUGGCCCUGGAACCCCCAUCAAGUACUCGGAGGUGGUGCUGGACUCUGAGCCAAAGUCCCAGGCCUCGGGCCCUGAGCCAGAGCUCUAUGCCUCAGUAUGUGCCCAGACCCGCAGGGCCCGGGCCUCCUUCCCCGAUCAGGCCUAUGCCAACAGCCAGCCUGCAGCCAGCUGAGAUGGAGGGCCUGGCACAGUGGGGCAUGCACUGCCCCAGCCCCCCGUAGCAGGGGCAUGACUGUUUCCCAACCAGCACCCAAAGACGGACGCCAUUGCCAAGUCACAGGAUGUGAUCUACCCCGGACUUCCUAUCUGAGCUUCAAGGGAGACAUCUCAGGGCAAAGCUUUCGUGAUGGAGGAGGCAAAGACAGUAGCCCUCUCCUCAUUUCUUUUUUCUAUCUGUUCCUCUUAGCCCCCAAACUCCCAGGUUCUCACUUCCCUCUUCUGGAGUUUAACCAGAUCCUCCCCACCCCCGCUCCCUCAUAGUCUACCCCCACGCCUCAGUGUCUCCUCAGGCACAGGAAGUGGGCGGUGGGGGAGGGGUAAGGGCCUGACAGUGGGUGGGUGGGUAUAUUCCUCGGGAGUCCACAGACUGGAGCGGACCUGGAACUUAGAGACCUGAGGGACCCGAGCCUGGCUUUUGACCUAAGAACCCUAGCAGGAGAAUACAGUCUCCAUCCUGCUGUCUCUGUCCUGUCCCCAAGUUUUCAAAUAAAACUUUCCAAAAAGUG